ACGUUACCAAACUUAAAGUCUCUAAAGGUCCUUUUAACUUUGAUGACCACACUUGUAGUCACCUCUAUUUUGUUUAUGUCUAUUGAAGUGCAUCUUUCGCAAGCGUCGAUUAAUUCCUCUGUAAAGACGAAGCUAUUCCACAGCCACAAAACGUUGCCGUUGGAUGAUUACAAAACAUACACGUCUGGAAAGUUCGCAAGGCAUUAUUUCCUUAACCAGGAUUUGAUCCGAAGCUUCAACGUCAGUGUAAAUGGAAGCGACGUUAUUGUGUUUUUGCGCAUACAGAAAACCGGAAGUACUACAUUAGCGAGACAUAUGCAGAAACACUUCAAUGUCUCGCCUUGGUGUCAGUGCAAUCAAUUCUUAUCAAAACAGUGUGAUUGUUAUGAAAAAUGGAAGUCCAACGUCCUCUUGCAAAGGACAAUCACCGACUGGCCCUGUGGACUUCACGCAGACUGGACUUACCUUCACGAAUGUGUAGAAGGGACAAUGAACCAGAGACACGGCCAAGAAAUAAAGCAAAGACAUUUGUACGUUACCAUGGUGAGAGACCCUCUUCGAAGGUUCGUGAGCGAAUGGGAACACGUGGUCAGAGGAGCAACAUGGAAAGGUGUUAAACGUAUUUGCAAUGGUCAUGCUGCCACAAAAGCGGAACUUCCUCGAUGUUUUCGCAGGAACUGGAUAAACGUCACCCUUCACGACUUCAUUGACUGUUCAACAAAUCUCGGAAUAAACAGACAAAGCCGGAUGUUAGCCAACCUGAGCAUUGUUGGUUGUUACAAUACUUCCGCCUCCGGUCUCACGUACGAUGAAAGGCACUAUCUCAUGCUGGCAAGUGCAAAAGAGAACCUACGGAACAUGGCGUACUUCGGUUUGACAGGUCAUCAAGAAUUAUCACAGAUCUUGUUUGAGAAUACCUUCAACUUGAAUUUCAUCACAAAAUUCAAGGAUAAUCCACCCAGUAAAACAUGGAGUGGCACGGCAAUUCUAUCGAAUGUGUAUCGUAACAAAAUACUUCAUAUAAACAGAUUUGACGUCAUGCUAUAUCAGUAUGCCAAGGAUUUGUUUUUCCAAAGAUUACAAAUGUUGGCUGAGAGAACAAAGGAUUCCUCACUUCGGAACUUUAUUCACAUGAGACUAGUUAACGGCAACGCGUAAACAUGACCAAUACUAAUAUGUUUUAAAAAUGCUAAGUAAUUGAAGGCGAAGCAACAUUGACCACAUCAUUGGUGUCAUACGAACAUUUGUAUUGAUGUCGUAUCAGUUUUUAGGCAUGGCGAAUACACAUAAAUUAUGUCAGAAGUUGUUUCUGUGAAUGGACAAUUACAAUUUCAAUGAAACACUCAAUGUUGUGUUAAUGGGAAUUGACAUGAAAGCUCACAAGUCGGAAUAAGCAAUCUUGCAAAAGAUCAACUAUCAACGUUUGUUGUGUCGAGUUACAAAUCGACUUUUACCAUCUCCCUAGUAUAAUAAAUUAGCUUGGCUGGUUUCUGAACAAUAUUGCCAUUGAUUACUGAUCAGGUAAUGCAUUGCUAGUGAAAAUUUAAUUAAACGUGUAUGUUUGCUUUAAUUUUCAUUAUUAAACGUAAUCAAUAUAA